UGGAAACAAUUUUGUAGAGGCUGUCUUUAACACUAGUUAGGAAUAGAAAAACUGAUGUUUUCAAAGUGAAAAAAUAUCGCUCACGGGGUUUUUAAAAUAUUAUAACACAUUAUUAAAGUGAAAGACGAGGGGAAUUUGGUGUCCAUCCAGAUACACUUAAGUUUCCACAGAAACACGUUUUCACGUGUGCGGACUUCUGGGAAGUGCGCUGACCACUCCCCAGUUUGCCUGGUGACAGUUAUUAACCCCAGAACGCAUUAAAAGGGCGGAGUUAACGCCGUGUCCUCUUAAACAGUUCGGCUCUGUGCGCCCUGACUUGCAAAACAAGCGCUCCCUCAGCAAUCUGUCGAUGACCCGCCCCCGCGAACCAGAAACAGCAGAUACUCUGACGGAUAGCACAGAAGAAAGCAAGGCUGGAGCUGCUGCCGCCAGGGGAAGUCAGGAGGCUGCCGGAGUCAACGCAGAAUAACGCAAUUUUACCACUAGCUACGGAAACACCACACUGAAGCUACAGAAUGGCAGUGGAUAUCUAUGACUCUCAGUACCUGCUCAUCCUGGUCCCUUCUCUCGUCAUCGCCCUUAUGUUCUUCUUCUUCUGGCUCUUCAUGAAAGAGACCUCUUACGACGAGGUGCUGGCGAAGCAGAAACGUGACCUCAAGGUGCCGCCGUCAAAGCCAGACAAUCGCAAAAAGAAUGAAAAGAAGAAGAGCAAGAAGAAGGAGAAUACUGGCGGGGGAGGCAGUGGAGGCAGUGGAGGUGGUGGAGGAGAGUCAGAGGAGGAUCUUAGGGACUUUGAAAUUGUUGAUGGUGCACAGAGUUCCUCCCUCGAGGUAGAGGAGGAACCUGCACCUGUGGUUCCACCAGAGCCUGCUCCUCCAACACCUACUCCUUAUGUGCCUGUUCCACUGACUGCUGAAGCUCCAAUGGGUUUGAGGGAAAGAAAAAAGAAGGAAAAAAAGGCCGCAAAGGCUGCGGCCGCCGCGGCUGCUGCCGCAGCAUCAUCUGCCGCAGCUACACCUCCUCCCUCAGAGGAGCCAGAAGUAAAUGGCUCCAAUCUGGUUAGCCACAAAGCUGAGCCAACUCUGGCUGAGAACAAACCAUCCAACCCACCAUCUCCCAAAGUUGAGAUUGAGGUCCAGGUCCAGUCUGUCCAGGCUCCUGUACAGACUCAGACACCUCCCCAGGCCUCUGGAAAGAAAAAGGACAAGAAGAAGCAAAAGGCCGAGCCUGUGGAUAACCAGCAGCAAGAGACUAAAGCAGAGCAGACUCCAGCACCAGUGAAGAAAGAGGUGCCCAUCAUCGUAGCUGAAACCAAAGUUCUGGAUGGUGCAGCUCCACCUGCUUCUACUGGCAAGAAGAAGAACUCAGCCAAGAAGAAGAACUCAGAAUCUGUGGAGGAAGCCCCCGUUGUGGCCGACUCUGCCCCGUCUGUCAACCACCAGGCAACUCAGAAUAAUGACGUCCCAACCAAAGGAUCAGGGAAAAAACAGAAAAAUGUAACUGACAAGGAGAACACAGAGGUGAAGCUGAAGGAACUGCUGUCUGGUCUGUCCAACCUGGCUCUGUCUGAAGCUGAGGCUGUCAGUGUGUUCGCCCUGCUGAGAGAGAAGAGUCCUAAAGCCCCGGAUGCCUGGCAAAAAUCUGCGGCCAAGCCCGACCCAGCUGCCCAAGAAAGAGAACGGCUCUUUACAACUCUUCAGGAGGAAGCCUCCAUUGCCAAGGACAAAGUUAAACAGCUGAGCCAGGAGCUUCAAGCAGAGAAGCAAAAGACAGGACGUGUGGAGGCCUUGAUGAGGGAGCAGCGUGUAGCCAUGGAGAAAGACCUGGGGAGCAUGCAGGCCAAAGCACAAGGCAGCUACCAGGAGCUCCAGACCAUGCAGAUGAAGUUUCAGCAGGCCAGGGAGCAGUUGGAAAGUCAGCUCGGCAGACUGCAGCAGGAGAACGGCAUCCUGAGGGACGCUGUCAGCUCUGCCACCAACCAGAUGGAGAGCAAGAAUUCAGCCGAGCUGAACAAGCUUCGUUCCGAGUACGGCGGUCUUAUGAAGGAGCUGACGGACAACAAGAGCAAACUGCAGCAGGAGGAGCACCAGAGGAAGUCACUGGAGAUCAGCUACAAGCAGAACGUGUCCCAGCUGGAGGCUCAGCUGCAGGAUGCCAAGAGACGCUGGGAAGAACUGCAGAACUUUUUCCACAACGUUAACGCAGAGAGAGAGAAGCUUCAGGCCUCUAACCAAGAGCUUCACAGUCAGCUGCUGGCCAUCGAGACGGAAAUGAACAACAAGAACAAGGAGUUCCAGACCCUGCACGGCAGCCUGACCGAAGCCAUGGUCUCCAAGGAGAGGCUGGAGCAGAAAGUGAUGGAGCUGAUGGAGAUGUCGCAGCAUAGUGUCCCCGACGAGUCCCUACAGACCCAGGUCCAGGAGCUGAUGAAUGAAAACAGCAGUCUUCAGGUGCAGGCCGAGACACUGAAAGUCCAGAAUGACAGUCUGCAAGCCCAGAUCUCAUCACAGGCAGCACACCUCUCCCACAUUGAAGAGCUUCAGAAACUACUGUCUGAGAAGGAGCUGCAGAGAAAGAGUCUCGAGGAUUCCCUGAACGCCGAGAGGAGCAGCGGGGCCAGUCGAGAAACAGACAUGCAGGCUUUGCACAACGACAACAUGUCUCUGAAGGCAGAGAUCCAGAAUCUGCGGGCACAGAUUACUGAUCAGACUGCCUCUCAGUUGGCCUUGAACCAGUGCCAGAAAAGUGUCAGGGAAAAGGAGGAGAGCAUAAAAACUGUGGAGGACCUGCUGGAGAAGGGGUUGAUUGAAAUGGCCAACAAGGACGAACAGCUGAAGAUUGCAAUAAAUGAGAAUGAAACACUGAAAGAAGAAAUGGAGAGACUUAAAAUAAAAGCAGCAGAACAGGCAUCGACAGAGUCGUUAGUGGAAGAACUGCAGAUCAAGAUCCAAGAGAAAGAUGUUCAUCUAAAGUCAGUGGAGGAGAGUCUACAGGCAGCACAAGGCAACAUCACGGCCAGAGACCAGACGGUGGAGUCUCUGGAGCAACAGUUGGCCGCCCUGCAGGCAGACAUGGAGCAGCUGAGACAGAAGGCGAUGCCAGAGGAGCCCAGCAUUUCUGCUUCUCACCUCCAGGAACUCCAGGCUCAACUUGCAGAGAAGGACCAGGCAAUCCAGGCUCUGCAGACUGAGCUGGAAGUACGGACCAAGGAGGUGAACGAGAAGAUGGAACAGCUGUCUCGUACACCAGAACCUAGCCCAGAUCUUCUUGCAGCGUUGUCCGAGAAGGACCAGCAGCUGAUGGAGCUGCAGGCUGAAGUGACGGAGCUCAGAGACUCAGUGGAGCAUCAGAGGGAGAAGAACGACGAGCUACGGAAGAAAAACUGGAGUGCAAUGGAAGCUCUGUCAUCCACCGAGUCCAAGCUUCAAGGGAAACUCAAAGUUGUCAAGGAGAACCAGACAGCACUGGAAAUGUCCAAAUCUGAGUGUCGAGAUGUUUUGCACAGACUCCUGCCUUGUGUGCCUCUGCCCACUGAACAGAACCAUCAGGAGUGGCUCGAAGCGUUUGAGAAGGCAGCAGCUGAAACUGCAGUUCCACAGCCCAACCCUGCAUCAGGGGACUCCGUGGGGCUGGAGAAGAAGCUGAAGGAUGCUGAAGAAACACAAAGGAUCCUACAGAAAGACUGUGAGACGUACAAGAGAGUUUUGGCAGAGACGGAGGGCAUCCUGCAGCGCCUUCAGAGCAGUGUGGAGGAGGAGGAGUCUCGCUGGAGGGUGAAGCUGGAGGUGGCCCAGGGAGAACUGAGAGAUAUGAGCCAGAAAGUGGUUGUUCUGGAGCAGGAGAUUGAAAGAUUAUCUGAUGGAGCAGAGUUGGAAAAUCUGAGAAGUGAAAAGCAGCAUUUGGAAUCUGAGUUGGAGAGGGCAGAGCGUGAGAGCGCCAUCUAUGUGACGGAAGUAAGAGAGCUGAAAACCCAGCUCACAGAGACUUUGUCCAAACUGGAGGCGGAGGAGUGUGAGAGACAGCAGGUGGCCGGUGAUUUGUACAAGGCCCAGCAGUCUCUAGAUCUGAUUCAGGGAGAGCUUUCAAACGUGACGGACAACGCUGAUGAUCUGAUAGAGAACGGCAGCCUGUCUUCACAGAGGGAGGAGUUGGACAGGAAGGAGAAGAUGACUGAAGGACUGAACCAAACAGUCAGGGAACUGCAGGAGCUGCUACAAGGCGUCAGUCGUCAACUCAACAAGCGACAGGAAAUGGAGGCUGAAAAAGAUCUACCUACAGUAUAGUGAGAGGAGGAGACAACCCCCUGCCCCCCCCGUCCCCCCACCACCACCACCACCACCAUGCAGCCAACAUGACUGCACACCAGAGACCAACUCUGACUCCUGGUCUUAUCACCUCCAACCUUCACACCCUACCAUCACUCCAAGCCACCACCCUUCUCUGUGCUUCUGUCCACUCAGCGGUACUGCAAGCAGCCUCUAACUGACUCUUGGCCCCGGCACUGGCAGCGAACCCACUCACUGCUGGUCAUCAGGGAGCAGCAGUGUUUAAUUCCAAACACUCUUCGCACUGUAUCAAAACACACACACACAAACACAGCUCUUCUCCCACCACAUUCCUCUAUAACACCACAGCCAGUCAAUAUUUUAUCUUUAUUUUAUUUUGUCCGUAACAUGAAAUGACAUCCAGCAUAAUUUACACUGUAUGACAACCAUUCCUGUUUGAAACAACUGUCAUUUUUUCCAUGAACUCCUUUGAAUCCUGCAGCCAUUUUAUUUCCUACUUGUCUCAAGUUACCAUUUAACUUAACAAAACUCUUGAGUCUCUUUAAGGUGUGUAUUGUUUAAAUGUUUCGUUAGGACCUGCUGAAUCACACGUUGUUGUUCAACCGUUUGCCUACUGAAAUCAGAAUCGGAAAAACCAUCACAGCCUGUACGUCCGUCACAGAUUCCAUGCAAACCUCAGUUCAGAAUUGGUUGGGAGAAGGAGUUGGGUGAGGGUCUCGGCGUAUCAGACGGGUCACUACGUGACUGACUAGGGCGAUGUAGUCUGACCUUUUACUGCAGCUACAGGAGUGUGGGCUGUGGGACCCUGGUUAUAGAAGGAAAUGUCUAAAUCGAUAUAGUCAAGGUUUUUAAAUCCUAAAGCAAAUAUUACGGGAGAAAGUGUCCCGUACCAUCUGUAAUCAACACUCGCUGUGUUAUUGCUAUAAGUUCAUUAACAGAGGAAGAUUAUGUUCUUUUUUAACGGUGAUGUUAAUAAAAAGGGAUGCUUGGUAAAUCUG